UAUUUCUUAGAUUGUCACGUCAACAUGUCUCUGUCGUGAAUCAUUGGAUAUAGGAGAAAACAGUGGCAGAUGCAUAACAAUGGUUACUCACAAAAAAAUUACUCCCCAUCCGUCCCAAAAUGCAGAACAUUUAAUUUUGGUUGGUCAAAAUUUCUAAAGUGGCCAUUUGUCUUGCGAGAGCAACUAUUGUCUGAUUUUGUGAAACGUUCUAGGUAUUGUAUGGGAUUGGGUAGCCCGCUUGAAAUGGGUGUAAAUUUUUAUGGGUGAACCGGUAUUUAGCAUAACCAGUUAACCACUAAAAGAGCUUCUUACGAAAAUUACAACUCUUUUUUAAACAGGCCCGUUGUACCGUAGAUUCUCGUGUGGCAAAAAAAAAUACAGUACUCACUCUGUCUAACAAAAAAUGUCUCAACUUUGACUAAAUUUGAUUACAUCUAUACAUUUAAAUUCUAAUAAACUUGAGACAUUUUUUGUUGAACGGAGAAGGUAUUACUCCCUCCGUCGAACAAAAAAUGUCUCAAAUUUAUCAAAAUUUGAAUGUAUCUAGACAUAAGUUAGUGUAUAGAUGCAUUCAAAUUUAAGUUAAAAUUAAGACAUCUUUUGUUAGACUGAGAGAGUACUAAGCAUUUGAAAAGUAAAGCAGGAGUUGAGGGCUGCUUGCUUUUUGAAUCUAACUUUUUUUGCAUGAGAAUAGUUCGAGCCUUCAACUGCACGUACGGCAUCACGGGAGGCCCGACCCAAGCCCAUUGCACGGAAGGAGACCGCAUGGGCCGUGUGAGAAAGCCUCAUGGGCUGCUGGUCUUACGGUGUAGCAUUUGUUCUCCUGAAUCCUGAAUCAAUCUUUGUAUGAGCAUUCACCCCGAGAAACAAAGUUCUCUUUUUUGUUUUUACGGUAGAAAAAAAAAAUUCUUACUGUAUUUCAUUUUGAAAGAAAAAAAUAUUCUUAAUUGAUCGGGCGUCAUCGACACAUGCUUAGCUAACCUGUUUUGAUUUGGAUUCUGGAAUUAGUAUAUGUCCUGGCUUGUUUCGAUCCGAGUCAACUCACCGGCCGCGGCCAAGAAAACAAAAAACAAAAUGUUAAUCUAACAAAGAAUGGAUCGAUCACCUACUUGCAACUACUUACAAAUCACAUUGGAGUGCUUGAACGAACCUUCCUUCAAUGUUCCUUCCAAAGCAACAAACUAGCUUAAUAUCCACCCCUUAAUUUAACAUCUCAUGACAACAUUAACAUUUAACAAUCCAUAUUUAAUUAGCUUAUCUCAUUCAUGGAACUGACAUGCCAAAAUUUUAUUCCUAAUUCGUCUGGGCAUCUCUAAUUUUGCCUGAUCUCCCUCCCUGUGCUGUGCUAGUUCCUCUCUUUCUUCCUCCUCCAUGGUAGGAGUUCCAGCUGGUCCAGGAGGAGCACUGCUACUUCUCUCUUUGUUCUGCUUCUCCUUCCUCCAAGGUAUACCAAAUUAUUGCUCCUUCUUGUGAUCAAUGUGGAUCGGAGGGAGUUCUACGGUACGACGCCCUUGCAUAUACUGUAUACGGAGUGCCUUCUUCUUUGCCUUGUUAAUUAAACGUUGGAGUUGUUGGAAUUAAGCUCUGAUCAAAUGGCUGUGGAUCACCAGGAGCGCGGCCUGAAACGAUGUUCACGAUAACCAACAGCUGCAGCUACCCCGUGUGGCCGGGCAUCCUCUCCAACGCCGGCACCCCGCCGCCGCCCACCACCGGCUUCGCCCUCUCCCCCGGCCAGUCCCUCCCCGUCCCCCUCGCCGCCGGCUGGUCCGGCCGCCUCUGGGCCCGCACGCUCUGCGCCUACAACAACUCCUCCUUUUCCUGCGUCACCGGCGACUGCGGCACGGGCACCCUCGAGUGCUCGGGCCACGGCGCCGCCCCGCCAGCAACCCUCGCCGAGUUCACCCUCUCCUCCAACACCGGCGCCGGCGCCGGCGGCCUCGACUUCUACGACGUGAGCCUCGUGGACGGCUACAACGUGCCGGUGCUGGUGGCGCCUCGGGGGAACGCGAGCUGCCGCGCCACGGGGUGCCCCGCGGACGUGAACGCGGCGUGCCCGCGCGAGCUGAGCGUCAGCGUUGCCGGCGGCGGCGUGGGCCCGUCCGGAGCGGCGCGCGGCGUCGUGGCGUGCCGGAGCGCGUGCGGGGCGUUCGGGACGGCCGAGUACUGCUGCAGCGGGCCGGACCACGGGACGCCGAACACUUGCGCGCCCACGGCGUACUCGAAGUUCUUCAAGGCCGAGUGCCCGGAAGCCUACAGCUACGCGUAUGAUGAUGCCUCGUCGACUUUUACCUGCGCCGGCAAUGGCAAUGGCGGCGGGUACGACGUCGUCUUCUGCCCUGGCGAGUCAAGCGGCGGGAAGGCGUCCCCUCCGGCCAGUGCUGCCGCCGCCUACCCACCAAUGGCGUUCUCAUCGGGUGGAGCAAAUCCGGCGACGACGACCAGCCACGCCGUCAUCGCUGUCCUCCUCCUCCUUUUUAUCAUAAACCUGGGUUUAUAGAGUGCUUGGGUUUUUCAGAGUGUGCUCUUUCAGAUGCCACCCAAGCAGUAGAAUGUCAUGUUCAUUGCAAUUUUUGUGUAGAUGUUCUGUAAUGGCUGGAAGAUUUGAUAGUUUAGCAUAUAUACUUUGAAGAGAGAUUACAUUUUUCGCCGCCCGGAGAGAAAGCUAAAGGCAGAUAACUUCUUCAAGAGUUGACAGAUGUAGAUGAACAGAGAGAUGAAAAUUUCGUUUCAGCUUUCAA